AUGACACCGAUGACUAAAUCGAUAUUUCGCUCAAUUCGAUUUUUACAACCGAAACACAGUUUACCAUCAUCACCAACUUCAGCGAUGAAAAGUUUGACAGCAGCCGAUCUAUUUUUAAUGUCUGAUCAACAAAAGUCUUUACCUCGACUUCAACUGCGUCGAAGUUUACAGGGAUACGAUGAAUUAGUGGGCGGUGGUUACUCGUCGAAUGAAGAUGAGUUAUUAUGGUUUGAUACAAAACCAAAAAACAAUAAUAAUAAUCAUCUCAAACAUUUCUUUUCAAAUGGGAAAAAAACAGCAGAACAUUUAAAUACUACGAUCAAUCAUAGUUCAGAAAAUAUUCGACUAUUUCGUGAAUAUAGUUCUGUGUCCGAUGAAAUUUAUUCAUUAUUUAUACAAGAGAAAACUUCAUCAAAAUGGUCGGAUUUAUUUUUUUCUCUAUUAUCAUCAGCAAAUAUAAAAUCUCAUUCACCCUAUCACAUUUUAUAUUUAUUUAUUGACAAUUGUAAAGGAAAACGUCAUAAAAUUAUUUUACCAUUAAUUGAACAAUUUGAACAUUGGGCAACUAAGAAUAAUGUUAGUUCGAUUGAUCUAGAUGAUAAAAUAAAAUAUGAAAUUUUAAUAUUGUGUCGUCAUUUAUCUUUAAAUCAGUUUGAACCUAUUAUUAAUGUAUUUGAUUUGAAAAAUAAGAUGAACAACGAAUUAAACAUCAAGUUUAUUGAUGAACAAUUGUCAAAACAUGAGAAUAUAUUUGCUACACAAAUGACAAAAUUAUUACAAUUAACAGAUGCAAUUCAAUUUGAAAAGAUUGUUGUUCCAUUAUUAUUUCGAUCACAGUGGGAAACUGUACGUUAUUAUGUUGGCGAUGAUAAAGUAUUACAAAGAAAACUAUUGACAUUGUUGGAUGACAUGAUCAGUACGAAUAGAGCAGACGCUCGUCAAUAUCUAAUAUAUGCUCCAGGAGCAAUGAUUGAUCAUUCAACAUUAAAACGUUUUGCACGAAAAUUAUUAAAACAAUAUGAUUUUGAUUUGAAUGACUUUAAAAAUUUAGCUAAUCAAGAAAAAAUGACAUUUUUGAAAACAUUAAUGGUUCGAAAAUAUUUAGAGAAAACAACAAAUAAUGAUGAGUGGAAUGAACAAGUUAAGACAUUUAUCGGUGAUAAUCAUGAUUUACAAGUGAAAUUUAUUGAUUUAUUAGUGGAUUAUGCUGAUAUAGAUUUAGCUGGGGAAUAUGCCUUGUUCUAUGGUUUAGAAGAUCACGAUCUUCCUGAACAAGUAGCUGAAUUUCGAACAGAGCUGCUUUGCUACAGUUCAUCUGAAGAAAACUUAACCGAACGAGUAAACAAUAAACCACUAAAAAAUUCUUGUUAUACAAAUAAUAAAAAUGAGCUCGAUCUUAUUAUUUAUCGACCAAGUUUAUUGGCAAAUAUCGAUUAUAUUGAAUUAGAAACACAUCUGAAUGAAUGUUUAUCUAAACUUCACUCAAUGAAUAAUGAACAUGGCAAAUUAUCACUAAUUGGCUUUGAUUGUGAAACAUUUGUUGAUCCUACAAAACAAGCGCUUGACAGACAAAUUGUAUCUACAAUACAAUUGGCAAUAUCCGAUGAGCAAAUAUAUGUUUUAGAUAUGCUUGCAUUAAAAUAUCAGUUAGACACAGAUGAAAAAAUGAUAAAUUUCUCUAAUGCAUUAUUUUGUUCCGAGUUUCACGCCUAUAAUUAUGUUGGUGAUUCAUCAUUUUUAUUAGACAAUUAUCCUGCCAUGGCACAAGGAAUAAUCCACGCCUCUUCGGUUAUUGAUCUACAUCUUGUUCAAAAAUAUAUAUUAGAAAAGUAUCCUGACAUAUUUACAUUUCACUCAACAAAUGGUGAAAACUCACGUGGUCUAAGUGAACUUGUUCGAUUAUGUUUUGGUAAAAGCUUGGAUAAAUUUAUGCAACAAUCAGAUUGGAGAAAAAGACCGUUAAAAGAAGCACAAUUAACUUAUGCUGCAUUGGACGCAAGUUGCCUUGUCGAUAUAGCCAAAUUUAUUGAACAACGAACUAACGAAUUGGGUAUUAUUUGGGAUUGGAAUAAUUUUAAAGGUUAUAAAUUUUCAGACAAAGCACUUAAAAAACGAACACUUCUUAUUUUUCAACCAUCAGAACUCAAUUAUGCUAUACAUAGUUCAAAUUAUAUCUACUGUUUACUAUACGGAUUUUUAGUUUAUAUAUCAUUAUUUUUCUAUUUUCUAACGUGUUAUAUUGAUCCAGGAUACGUGCCCUAUAAUAAAUUUCACAAUACUCUUGUCACAUCUGAUAGUGAAGAUGAUGAAGUUUACAUCGAAAAUGGUGUUCAAUCAACAUCAACAUCAACAAAUUGUGUACCAAUGAGAAAAUGUUUACAUUGUAAUAUACAACAACCAUUGAGAAGUCAUCAUUGUGAUUAUUGUAAUAGAUGCGUUAGAAAAUAUGACCAUCAUGUAGGAAUAACAUUGAAGUUAUAA